GUCUCAGCCAUACACGAAUGACCAAAUGUUAAAGAUGCGACUUUUCUCUUUUUCUCAAUUCAUGGUACUCGGAAACAAUAAAAAGAGGAUAACGAAUCGUUUCUCUUUGGAAGUUCUCUCUAGUUUUUUUGUCCGUCUGAUAGAAUGGGAACAGUUCUCGAUUCGCAUUUCCUGGCCCUCACUGCAAUUGUCACUGUGGUUUACCAAUUCAUAUUCUUCGUAAUCACAGCUCUUUUCAAAUUUGAUCAAGUUACUGACUUUGCUGGUAGCACAAACUUCGUUAUACUUGCUGUGUUAACACUUGUUCUCAAAGCCUCUUGGCAUUUUCGGCAGAUAGUCUUGACUUUGCUAGUUGUGGUAUGGGGUCUUCGCUUGGGGAUAUUCCUUCUAAUGAGGAUCUUGCAAUGGGGCGAAGAUCGACGCUUUGAUGAACAGCGUGGGAAUAUAGUGAGACUAAUCAUUUUCUGGACUCUUCAGGCCGUGUGGGUUUGGACGGUUAGCUUACCUUUAACCGUUGUUAAUGCAAGUGAUGCUGGAGGAUCUCUUAAACCCGCAGAUGUUAUCGGUUGGACUAUGUGGGUUUUCGGUUUCUUGAUUGAAGCUGCAGCUGAUCAACAGAAGCUAUCAUUCAAAAACUCUCCUGAAAACAGGGGGAAAUGGUGUGAUGUUGGAGUGUGGAAGUAUUCAAGACAUCCAAACUACUUCGGUGAGAUGUUACUGUGGUGGGGGAUCUUUGUGGCUGCAUCGCCUGUGCUUGAAGGUGCAGAGUAUCUUGUCAUAUUUGGACCACUCUUUCUCACUUUGCUACUUCUGUUCGUCAGUGGCAUACCAUUACUCGAGGCGUCUGCUGACAAAAAACAUGGAAACUCGGGAGCUUACAGAUUCUACAAGAAGACAACAAGUCCUCUGAUUCUGUUCCCGAGAGGAGUGUAUGGGAACUUACCAGGAUGGUGCAAGACGGUCUUUCUCUUCGAGUUUCCAUUUUACAGCCGAAAUCUCCCUCAAGAGAAAGUUAGGGUAGACUCCAAGAACAGCAAAGAGAAAGAAGUAAAAGAUGAAUGAUUUCUGAAACUCAUAUUGGGUUAUUGUUCUCUACAACACUCUUUAAUAAAAUUGGGUAAAAAAAUUGCUUGUAAGAAACUGAAUUUGUUUGAAAUAUUGGACAAGUCUUGACAGAACAGGAGGAUCUCAGUUGUGAUUGGUC